CGUACUGGACUUUGCUAUGCAGGAAACCCUGUUCUAUAGCAAGGUCAAGUCCGUCAAGUAACGUGGAGUAGACUAACGAAAUAACAAGAUGCAAGUGAGCAAGAUGGCAAUGACACUUCAACUCAAUAUAAAUACUUGUCGACAUAGACAGGUUUUGGGCUCCCCACGAAUACAACAGUCCAAGACACGCCGAGAGAUCUCUCCUGCUUGAACUAUUAGUAUGUUCUUGGAAAAAGUCUUGGAACCUACUCCCAAGAACUCACGAUCUCGUCGAUCCACUAGUCCUAGGGCUGUUCAGAGACGAAGCGCAACCACCGUGAGGCGAAGAGCAAAAGAGAGCAGUGAGGCUACCAAGGCACAACCUCAAUACGCAGGCGUAGGCAUAAACUCAGAAGUGCUUCCUGUAUCCAUGUCCGAUAAUAGCACAAUGCAACAAGGCUGUGGUCUCGACCGGACCCAAAACCUCCACUACCUGCCAGGGAGUUAUCACGAACCUCUUCAGUAUGCUAGCAGUUCCGAAAACUCGGUCGAUUACUUUGAACGUCAACAAUUUCCCAGCGGCCAGCCAAACUCUGGUCCAGCCACUGCAACCUCAGCGUGGUAUUCAGGAGUUGACAUGCAGAAUCUGAUCACACCAGACAACAUGGUGUCUUUGUUCUCACCGGACCGGGAAUGGUCACAGUCAGACAUAGAACGUUUAUCAGCACCAAUGGAGUCCAACGUUACCGGGCCAGACUCCCAGCCCACGUGUUCUUGUCGUAACAGCUCGGAGCCGGUGCUUGGAUAAGUUCCAGAGGGCUUUCCACUAUGGCGCCAGAACGAACAAGGGCCUGAUGCGUGCAGGAUCCCAUCGGCGCCGAGCCAUUCUGAGUUGGAUUCUCAUAGAUUACGCAGUGAGACCGGCCAUCACGGACCGGGGCCCGGUCUGCAUGACAGCGCCGCAGGAAUGCCGCAUUCAACGCUGCAAGGACAUGUUCAUGCUUGCAGCAGCAGGCUGGCAUCUUUAUCCUCAUCUAAAGGAAUCUCAUCGGCGGAGGAAACUAAGCUGGCCGACCCGUCUCCAGUAGCCGAACUGACCCAUCGAUUCGACUCCAUUCUAGAAACCAUGCGCACAUCAGGUUUUCACAACUUUGACGGCAGCAGCUUACUAUACAGGUCGGUUCAGUACAGGAAGUGUCCCAUCAAUUAUGCAGUGUUCUAGCCGGAGUCGGCGCUUAAAAGUCAUACUGCAGAAACUUCACCAGGAUAGCCAAGAAUGGCCCAAGUGGGAGUCCCGGGGGGUCCAUGAGAGCAUGUCGAUUGCAACCGGUAAGAACUA